AUGAGCGAUACCGACGUACCGCGUGCGCACCACCACCGCAACCGCAGCGCGCGAGGCGAAUCAUCCAGAAGAGACAGGAACAGGGACAGGGACAGGCCGCGGAAGAAGGAAUCGCGGACGCGGAGAGGCGCCAGCAGCGCGGAUGAAGGCAGAGCCGACAGACGCAGCAGGUCGCAGUCGCUCUCCGCAGGGGCGCUGGCGCAACUGAACCAGGAUAAUGUGAGGCAGCAGAGACAGGCUGAUCGCGAGCGGAGGAAACGAGACCGCGACCGAGGGAGAGGAGAGGACGAUGAGAGAGCCCGAGAGCGCGCGGAGAGGCAUCAAAGGCGAGAGCGAGAACGCGAGCGCGAACGGGAGCGGGAGCGGGAGCGGCAGCGGGAACGAGAACAAACAAGAGCAAGAGAGAGGUCGCCCAGUCCCGACCCGGAGACUGAGCCCAGCAUUGUGCCAAAGAAGUAUCGCAAACCUAGCAAGCAGAAAAAGUCCAGAGUUGUUAGCGGGGCAGUGAUGGAGGAGGGGAGGUCCAAGGGAUGGCGGUUCGGGUUUGGGAUUGGGGGUCACUCGCGGGAUGAUAGCUAUGACAGUCUUAGAAAAGAAGACAUGUAUAGUCAGCCGGAGAAGAAGAAGAAAAAAGGGGGGUGGUCCAAGAGAAAGAAAUGGAUCAUUGGAGGAAUAGUUGCCCUCGUUCUCCUCAUUAUCAUUAUCGUGGCCGCUGUGCUCGGCUCAAAGCACAAAUCUGGCGGUGGUAGUAGCGAUGAUUCGUCGUCUGGGUCUUCUGCAAGCAGCAGUGAUGUCCCGCUCAAAUACAGAAACACAGAUCUCGACCCUUCGACGUGGGCGAGCACGGAGGAUUUCAACACCACCUUCACCGACCAAAUGGUUGGGAAUCUUCCCGUCAUGGGCCUUUACUCGAAAUGGGACGAUUCUGCUCAGGCGAACAGCAAGGUGCCUGCGCUGGACAAGCCCUGGGGAGACUAUUCGAAAACACCGGCCAAAGGAGUCAACUUGGGAGGGUGGCUAUCGAUUGAGCCUUUCAUUACACCGUCUCUCUUCAACUAUCCCCCAAGUUCUGGAAUUGUGGACGAAUGGACCCUAUGCGCCCAUCUUGGAUCCAAGGCCGCAUCGACGAUUGAGAACCAUUACAACACCUUUGUUACAGAGGACGAUUUCAAAGCUAUUGCCGACGCCGGUCUGGAUCAUGUCCGCAUCCCUUUCUCGUACUGGGCUGUCAAAGUUUACGAUGGUGACCAGUACAUCUAUCGAACAUCGUGGCGAUACCUCCUGCGCGGCAUCGAGUGGGCUAGGAAAUACGGUCUACGGGUCAACCUCGACUUACACGGCCUACCAGGGAGCCAGAACGGAUGGAAUCACAGCGGCAGACAGGGCACAAUCGGCUGGCUCAACGGCACCAACGGGGCGCUAAACGCACAGCGAUCCCUCGACAUUCACAACAGCCUCUCACAGUUCUUCUCCCAGGACAGAUACCAGAACAUCAUCACGCACUACGGCCUAGCCAACGAGCCCAAGAUGACCUUCCUCAAGGCCAAUGACGUGGUGAACUGGACGGAAACGGCAUUCACCAUGGUUCGCAAAAACGGCUUCAAGGGGCUGGUCAUCUUUGGCGACGGCUUCAUGGGCCUGGACAACUGGCAGGGCCUCAUGCAGGGCUACGACGGGCUGGUUCUCGACGUCCACCAGUACGUGAUUUUCAACCAGAACCAGAUCGACUACACGCACCAAAAGAAGAUUCAGUAUGCGUGCCAGGGAUGGACGCAGCAGGCGCUGCAGAGCCAGGACAAGAGCACGGGCUACGGGCCCACGCAAUUCGCCGAAUGGUCUCAAGCAGACACCGACUGCGCCCAGUACGUGACCAACGUGGGCCAGGGCAACCGGUGGGAGGGCACGCUCAACACGGGCAACGCGAGCACGGCGAUUCUGACGCCAGACUGCCCGACCAAGAACAGCCAGUGCUCGUGCGACAACGCCAACGCGGACCCGAGCAAAUGGAGCGCCGAGUACAAAAAGUUCCUGUCCAUGUUUGCCCAGGCGCAAAUGUACAGCUUCGAAAAGGGGCUCGGCUGGUGGUACUGGACGUGGAAGACGGAGAGCUCGCCGCAGUGGAGCUACCAGGCCGGGAUGCAGGCGGGCGUGUUGCCGUCGAAGGCGUGGGAGCGGGAUUUCAACUGCGACGCAGACGUGCCGGACUUUGCGGCGAGCGGACUGCCAGAGUAUUAUUGA